UCGAGUCAGUGCGACUCGUGAUUUCCGUGCGAGCGCCGGCCUCGCGUACGUCGAGACGGUGCCGUGUCUUCUCGGCCGGUCUCUUCCUUUAACGAGAGACACGCGAUCAAAAGAAAGAAAGAAAAUUUCUAUCCAAAUAUUCGUAAAAAAAAAAUAAAUAAAUAGGAAAGAAAAUCAAAACAAAUAAACGAACGAACAAAAAAAAAAUAUAUAUAUAUAUAUAUAUAUAUAUAUAAAAAGAAAAAAGAAAGUAAGAAAAGCAAUUAUCGAGAACAGCAAUUUUUUUCGUACAUCGUAUCGUGAGAUGAAUGGACCUAAAGAGGAUCAGGUGAUUCAGGUUGUAGGGAAAAUCUAUUGAUCUUGAUAAGAUUACAAAGGAUAGCUAGCUCUAAAUCGAUAAAGCUAAAGAAAACGGUUCAGUGAUCCUUUUCACGCAAAGAAAGAAAGAGAGAGAGAGAGAGAGAGAGAGAGAGAGAGAGAGAGAGAAGCGUCUGUGCUUUCAGAGAAUUUAGAUCUAUAGAAAGAUCGUGGGUGUAUGCUGGAAGCUCCUCUCGAUCGAUUCUUCGAGCGAAGAGACGCGUGGGUGGUAGGAUCAUCGUGUUAAUUGUUAGUGAUCACAAAGGGGCCAGUGAUCGCGAUGUUAACGUUCAUCGUCAAUUAUUAAUAAAAAGGAAAAGAUUUUCGUUAGCUCAUUUGCGAGUGAGGUUAAGGAAAGGUAGACAAGUAGAUUGAGACAAGAGAAUUAAAAUAAAGAAAAAAAAAAAUAAAGAUAAAAAAUGCCUCGAUCCUUGACGGGACUCCGUCGAAUUGUGUACAUUACGAGUUAACGCCUUGCGCGGUCUCCUCGUCGUUUUGAGACGACUUAAGGACUGUCUUUGGGAUGGUUACGUAAACGGGCGCCAAGCCGAAAGGUGAUUUCUCGUGAAAGAGGAGAAAGAAGAUUACCGAAACGCGAAUUGGCCAAAAAAGAAAAAAAAUUCCACUCUCGUGGGAGCGCGUCAAAAAUACUUUCAUAAGAGAUUUACGAAAGUGUUUGACGUUCAUUGAAAAGGAAUUAAAAAAAAAAAAAAAAAAAAAAAAGAGAAAAAAAAGAAAAGAAAGGAAAAGAAAAGAAAAGGAAAAAAAAACAAGUCCCAUAGGAUUAAAGGGAAUACCGUAUAAAAUUCUAGUUAGCGAUGAGAAGACGAGAAAUCGGCAAACGAGUACGAUCGAACGCGAGACGGUAAAUCGUCGUCGUUCGUUGCUCGUCAACGUCGUCAAUAGAUACGUAUACGAGACAAUCGCUAUUAUCAGGUGUUUCAGUCUCGGCUCAGAGUCAAGAGCGAUAACCUCGUGAGUGUUGGCGAAUCGAAGUAAACAUAGGAGAGAUCGAGAUUGCGAUCGAUUUAUCGAUCGAUCGAUCUAUCGAUUGGCUCGAUUCUUCCUCAAUGUCGAGUAAAGAUCUAUUCUCUUUAGGCGAGAAGUAAUAUCAAAGAAAAUUGACCGAGGCUAAGAGAGAAUCUUGAAGAGAAAGAGUUUCGAAGGGAAGUCUGGAAGCUAUUGAUCGGAAGGAAACGUCGUAUAUCUUGGCAGUAAUGCGCACAAAUUAUGCGUCUUGCGGCUCCGUCGAGCGACGGCCACUGAGAAGAAGCACGGAGUUACGCGUUUACACUUACGGAUAAUCCAUUGGUUUUUUCUCUCUCUCUCUCUCUCUCUCUCUCUCUCUCUCUCUUCCUCUCCCUCUUCCUUUUCCACUCCCUCUUAUUUUCCUUUCUCUUUUUAUCCUCCUCAUGCUGCUUUUCAAGAUCUUCUUAUUAUUCUUCGUCCUUUAGCUUUAUCCUCCAUCUUUUUGGUUGCAGCAGCAGACUUUCGCUCGAUCCAAGAACCUCUUCUCUUCUCUUUUCUUCUCUUCUCUUCUCUUCUCUUCUCAUCUCUUCUCUUCUCUUCUCUUCGUUUCUUUCUCUUCUUCUCCUUCCUUUCUUCUUUCCCUCGGCCGUCCGUCCAAUCGAGCAAGACGUCGCUUCGAGCGCCGUUUAUUCGCGAAAUUCCACCUUCAACCCCAAGACGCCUCCGCGCCGAGUUCCUAUGACGCAUUCAAGUUCCUCCGCGAAGAUAUACCAUCGACGGCCACGGAUACUUCUUGGUCACUUCGUCUAUGCUCUUCGAUGAAGAAUAUAGUUUGUUACGAAACAAUCGAGUCGAAUAAAUUUAAUUGUGAUUAUGGUGCCUUCUUCUAAAGUCAAGUCAAGCAAAUCAUUAGUGUGAACUAUAUACGAAGGUUGAAUUUUCGCAAAAGUGUUCAAUAUUAAUAUCUCGCGAGAAACGUCAAAGAAAAGAAAAAGGAAAUUGGACGAGAGAAGGACGAGAAGAGGAAGAAUCCUUUCGGAAUAUAUUCACGGAGGGCUGAAGUGCACCUGCGACUCACGUCACGGAAUUUCCUCUUUCGUCCACCGUGGGAAGCGAACUCGAGAGCUUACAAGUACGGUUCUCUCGUACCUCGGCUCGUAAAACAAGCUACGUGUUUCGAAUUCGAGCGAGUUUUUCUCGACCUUGUCGACUGAUUUACACGCGAGGACAUCCCUUACUACAACUCAACUCUCCUCUUCUAAUCCCCAUCGGUGCGGUAGUCAUGUCACGGCCGAAUCGACCCGACGGAUCACGAGAAAUCGACGUGGAGGAGCCCGGAGAAACGGAUUAUCGGCCGGCCAUCCUUGGAUUUCGAACCGAGUGAAAUCGCACGCGAGAGAUCGCCGUUCGAUAAUAACAAUCGAGGAUCGAUACGUGAAUUCGAUCCACAAGCUUGGAACCUACGGCCUCCCCGCUGGCCUGGCCAGCUACUAUGCGAAUUGAAGCUCUCAGCGCCCUCGUCGCGGUGGUUUGGCUGACCGCAGUCCUGUGCCCGCGGCUUGCUGCCGCCAACCUCACUUUAUCCUUUUCCUCUCGUAGAUCCAGAGAGCAUCCCUUCAGAGGACAUAUCUCUCGCUGGACGGUGCCAUUGGAAGACACGAACAAGCGAAUGACGUACCGUGAGAUGCAGAUGGUUCUGCGCCAGGAGGGAGGCGAAGAUGGCCUCGCAGUCGACUGUUGUCCCACGAUAGAGGAAAUGGUCGAGCCCGUUGGCGGUCGAAAUCGGCAAGAUAUGUACGUCGAGCUCUAUCGAGACGGCGAAAAUGCCCAGAGGUUCUUCGAGUACUCCUGCAGGCCAGACGUCCUCGAUAAGCCCUGCAGGUUCGUUGACCGGAAGCUUAGUAACCAGUCGAGAUGCGUGCAGAAAUUCUCAUACACCUACGCUAUCGUCGAGAAUCCUGGAACGAAGGGAGGCUCCGAAGAACAUAGGAGGCACCAUCACAGGGAACACAGAUUUCCAACGUUUCCUGGAAACACAGUGAGCGGGUCAACGUGGACGUUGGACUACAUCAGGGUAAGAAGCGGCUGCAGCUGCGAGAUCAUGCCGAAGCCGAAAAAGAGGAAACCCAUGGCGACAAAGGCGAGAAAAGCGAAGAGCAAAUUGCGCCAACAAAGAGAUCAAGACUCAGACUUUGAGACGUGAGACUCGUGUUUGGUCGAACUGCAAUAUGAAAAAUAAAAUGUUACCAGUGGUCGGUUCGCUGAUCGCAGACAAAAAAAAAGACGUUUUAGCACGAGUAACGCCAUAUUUUCGAUGUUAUUCCGUUUAUAUAUAUAUAUACAUACACAUACAUACACACACACACACACACACACACACACACACACACAUAUAUAUAUAUAUAAAACAUCGUACAUCGUUUAAUAAUUUCAUAUUCGCUUAACCAUUGCAUAUUUAUUGAUAGUAAUUUACAUUGAAAUAUUGAAAAGGAAGUCAAUUCGUAUCUUUGUACUACCAUAAACGAAUGAUGAAUUAAACGUAAUAAUGUCGAAUGUGUUACAAUCGAAAUACGUUUCCUAACUCGAAAUACAUCGUCUACUUAAUUUAAUAUCUUAAUUGUAAGAACGAUUAUUCUAUUUCUUAUUUUUCUCUUUUUAUUUUUCUUUCUUUCUUUUUUUUUCUUUUUUUUUUUUUUUUACUUACUCAACAAAUUUAUAUUAUGUAUUUUCUAUGUGCAUAUUAUAAAAUUGUAUCUAUUUUUAAUUAAGGAACUAUCUAUAAGAAAAAAAAUACGAUUAGUUAUAACGUUUAAGGUAUUUGUGUUUCAUAGAUCUGGGGCGCUUCCUGUUUUAAUUCUUUUGUUUUGUUUCUUCCUUUUUUUCUUUUAUUUUUUUUUUUUUUUUUUUUUUUCGUUCUAUAGGAAGACUUUUUCUCUUUCAAGAAGAGCCGAACGUAGUUUCUCUAGAACACACGCACUUAUUUAAUUCUUUACAAUUAUAAUAUUUAAUUAUAAUUAUUAGAUGUUCUUUCAUAAGGUGCUGUAUAGAGAAAUGAAAUGGUAUAGAAAGCGAGGUGUUGACUUUGCGAUAGCCAUGACAACUAUUAACAAAUCUGAUUACUUUAAGGACAUAAAUCAAAAGUUACUUUCGUUAGAUGUGAACUAAAGUAUUGUUUAUUUUUUUUUUUUUUUUUUUUUUUUUUUUUUUUAUUUGAGCAUAGGUAUAUGUAUUAGUCGAUUUCUAAAGAAAUGUAUCGUAUCGUUUAAGUGUAUAUGUAUGAAUGUAUGUAUAUGUAAUAAUUGAGAUCAAUCUAAUCUCAAUAUUUUAUAAUAUUCGGUCUAUAAUAGGUUC